AUGUUUGGGCUGGACCAAUUUGAGCCCCAGAUCAACAGCAGGAACGCUGGCCAGGGCGAGAGGAACUUUAACGAGACCGGACUGAGCAUGAACACCCACUUUAAGGCCCCGGCUUUCCACACUGGGGGUCCCCCUGGCUCCGUGGACCCUGCCAUGAGCGCACUGGGCGAGCCCCCGAUCUUGGGCAUGAACAUGGAGUCAUACGGCUUCCACGCGCGGGGCCACUCGGAGUUGCACGCGGGGGGGUUGCAGGCACAGCCUGUGCACGGCUUCUUUGGAGGCCAGCAGCCUCACCAUGGCCACCCGGGAGGCCACCACCCUCACCAGCAUCACCCCCACUUCGGGGGCAACUUCGGCGGCCCGGACUCGGGGGCCUCGUGCCUGCACGGGGGUCGUCUACUCGGCUACGGCGGCGCAGCCGGCGGCCUGGGCAGCCAGCCGCCUUUCACCGAGGGUUAUGAGCACAUGGCGGAGAGCCAGGGGCCGGAGAGCUUCGGCCCGCAGCGACCGGGGAACCUCCCGGACUUUCACAGUUCGGGCGCCUCGGGCCACGCUGUGCCUGCCCCAUGCCUGCCGCUGGACCAGAGCCCUAACCGAGCCGCCUCCUUCCACGGCCUGCCCGCCUCCAGCGGCUCCGAUUCCCACAGUCUGGAGCCCCGGAGGGUGACGAACCAAGGAGCCGUCGAUUCGCUGGAAUACAAUUACCCGGGCGAAGCGCCCUCGGGACAUUUUGACAUGUUUUCGCCCUCUGACUCCGAAGGGCAUCUGCCUCAUUAUGCCGGGGGUCGCCAGGUUCCCGGGGGCGCUUUCCCGGGUGCAUCGGCCAUGCCCAGAGCCGCGGGCAUGGUGGGCUUGUCCAAAAUGCACGCCCAGCAACCACAGCAGCAGCAGCAGCAGCAGCAGCAGCAACAACAACAACAACAGCAACAGCAGCAGCAGCAGCAGCAGCAGCACGGUGUGUUCUUUGAGAGGUUCGGCGGGGCCCGCAAAAUGCCUGUGGGUCUGGAGCCCGGAGUGGGCUCCAGGCACCCAUUAAUGCAGCCUCCCCAGCAGGGCCCGCCACCCCCUCAGCAGCAGCCCCAGCAGCAGCCUCAGCAGCAGCAGCCGCCACCGCCGCCGCCCGGGCUUCUGGUCCGACAAAAUUCGUGCCCACCUGCGCUCCCGCGGCCCCAGCAGGGAGAGGCGGGCACGCCCAGCGGCGGCCUGCAGGACGGAGGCCCCAUGCUGCCCAGCCAACACGCGCAAUUCGAGUACCCUAUCCACCGGCUGGAGAACCGGAGCAUGCACUCUUAUUCCGAGUCUGUUUUCAACAUGCAGCAUCCUCCUCCGCAGCAGGCGCCCAACCAGCGGCUGCAGCAUUUCGACGCGCCCCCCUACAUGAACGUGGCCAAGAGGCCGCGUUUCGACUUCCCGGGCAGCGCGGGAGUGGACCGUUGCGCUUCGUGGAAUGGCAGCAUGCACAAUGGCGCUCUGGACAACCACCUCUCACCCUCCGCCUACCCUGGCCUACCCAGCGAGUUCACACCGCCUGUGCCCGACAGUUUCCCCUCGGGGCCGCCCCUGCAGCACCCGACCCCGGACAACCAGUCCCUGCAGCAGCACCAACAGCAGCAGCAGCAGCAGCAGCAGCAGCAGCAGCGCCAAAACGCGGCCCUCAUGAUUAAACAGAUGGCGUCGCGGAAUCAGCAGCAGCGGCUGCGCCAGCCUAACCUGGCCCAGCUAGGCCACCCCGGGGACGUGGGCCAGGGCGGCCUGGUGCAUGGCGGCCCGGUGGGUAGCUUAGCUCAGCCGAACUUUGAGCGCGAAGGUGGCAGCGCGGGCGCGGGGCGCCUGGGCACCUUCGAGCAGCAGGCGCCACACUUGGCGCAGGAGAGCGCGUGGUUCCCAGGUCCGCACCCGCCGCCUGGAGAGCUGCUGCCCCGCAGGAUGGGCGGCUCGGGCCUGCCAGCUGACUGCGGUCCGCACGACCCCAGCCUGGCGCCUCCUCCUCCGCCCAGUGGCUCGGGGGUGCUGUUCCGGGGCCCUCUGCAGGAACCGCUGAGGAUGCCCGGAGAGGGCCACGUGCCCGCGCUGCCCUCGCCCGGCCUGCAGUUCGGGGGCAGCCUGGCCAGCCUGGGCCAGCUGCAGUCGCCCGGGGCUGGGGUGGGGCUGCCCAGCGCUCCUUCGGAUCGCCGGCCACCGCCGCCGGACUUUGCUGCGCCGGCGCUCGGGGGCCAGCCGGGCUUUCCGUUUGGCGCAGCAAGCCGGCAGGGCGGCGGCGGCGGCGGCGGGGGCGCCUAUCCGCAGCAGCCUGAUUUCCAGCCCAGCCAGCGCACCUCGGCCAGUAAGUUGGGCGCCCUCUCGCUGGGCUCCUUCAACAAGCCCAGCUCCAAGGACAACUUGUUCGGCCAGAGCUGCCUGGCUGCGCUCUCCACCGCUUGCCAGAACAUGAUAGCCAGCCUCGGGGCCCCCAACCUCAAUGUGACCUUCAACAAGAAGAACCCGCCCGAGGGCAAGAGGAAACUGAGCCAGAAUGAGACCGACGGCGCAGCCGUGGCCGGCAACCCGGGCUCGGAUUACUUUCCGGGAGGGACUGCUCCUGGGGCCCCAGGACCCGGAGGCCCGUCAGGGACCAGUAACAGUAGCUCCAAAGCCCCUGGGCCUCCCAACCCGCCCGCCCACGGGGACGGCACCAGCCUCUCCCCCAACUACACCCUGGAGUCAACGUCGGGGAACGACGGCAAGCCGCCGGUUCCGGGGAGCGGAGGCGGGGGCCGAGGUCGCAGAAAAAGGGACAGUGGUCACGUGAGCCCCGGGACUUUCUUCGACAAGUACUCGGCGGCUCCGGACAGCAGGGGCGCGCCCGGGGUGAGCCCAGGGCAGCAGCAGGCGACAGGCGUGGCCGUCGGGGGAAGCUCCACGGGCGAGACGCGUGGGGCACCGACGCCCCACGAGAAGGCGCUCACGUCGCCGUCGUGGGGGAAGGGAGCCGAGUUGCUCCUGGGGGACCAGCCGGACCUCAUGGCAUCCCUGGAUGGCGGGGCCAAGUCGGACAGUAGUUCGCCGCACGUGGGCGAGUUCGCCUCGGACGAGGUGAGCACGAGCUACGCCAACGAGGACGAGGUGUCGUCCAGCUCCGACAACCCCCCGGCCCUGGCCAAAGCGAGCAGGAGCCCCCUGGUGACCGGCUCGCCCAAACUCCCUCCCCGUGGGGUAGGCGCCGGGGAACACGGACCGAAGGCGCCCCCGCCCCCGCUCGGCCUGGGUAUCAUGUCUACCUCUACCUCGACCCCUGACAGCUACGGCAGCGGGGGCACGGGCCAUCCGGGCACGCCGGGCCUGGAGCAGGUCCGGACCCCAACGAGCAGCAGCGGUGCACCACCGCCCGACGAGAUCCAUCCCCUGGAGAUCCUCCAGGCGCAGAUCCAGCUGCAGAGGCAGCAGUUCAGCAUCUCCGAGGACCAGCCCCUGGGGCUCAAGGGUGGAAAGAAGGGUGAGUGCGCCGUCGGGGCCUCGGGCGCCCAGAAUGGCGACAGCGAGCUGGGCAGCUGCUGCUCAGAGGCGGUGAAAAGCGCCAUGAGCACCAUCGACCUAGACUCGCUGAUGGCGGAGCACAGUGCCGCCUGGUACAUGCCCGCUGACAAGGCCCUGGUGGACGGCGCGGACGACGACAAGACGCUGGCGCCCUGGGAAAAGGCCAAACCACAGAACCCCAACAGCAAAGAAGGUAUAUGCGCACGCGUGUUCCCUUCUCACUUGUCCUGUGAGCCGCCCAUCCCCAGUGCAGGCCUUAGCCUCCACCCCUUGGGUCCCUUGGGGUUUGGAGGGCACAGGCCCUCCUGA